AUGGAAAUUGCUAGCGCCUGCUGGGAAUUGUUCUGUUUAGAACAUGGCAUUCAUGCUGAUGGUAUGAUGUGUCAAGAGGAUGACUUAGACAAUAACUCGAAUGCUUUCUUUAGCAGUAGCUUUUCUCACAAUACGAGCACUAUUAAAUGUGUUCCUCGAGUUUUACUUGUUGAUUUAGAACCCAUUCCAAUUGAUGAGAUACGAACAGGUUGCUACCGUUCAUUGUUUGACCCAAGUACAUUGAUAACAGGGAAAGAAGACUCAGCUAGUAACUAUGCUCGAGGAUACAACAGUUUAGGAUGUGAACUCAUCGAUUUAACCCUUGAACGAAUACGAAGAGUCGUAGAAGUUUGUGAAAAUCUACAAGGUUUCAUUACAUAUCGAUCCAUUGGAGGUGGCACUGGAAGUGGCUUUGGAACACUCAUACAGGAAAAAAUGGCUGAUGAGUUUUGUAAAACCUGCCGACAUGAGUUCAACAUUUUUCCAUCACCAAAAAUUUCGCCAGUCAUUGUCGAGCCAUACAAUGCUUUGUUAUCAACACACCACAGCAUGGAUUAUGCUGAUUGUUGUAUUCUUCUUGACAACGAAGCAAUUUACGAUCUUUGUGGACUGAACUUAGAUAUUAGCAGUCCAACUUAUACGAAUUUAAAUCGUGUUAUUAGUCAAGUGGUGUCCACUUGCACAACCUCUUAUCGCUUUUCUGGAGCAAUAAACAUCGACAUGAUUGAAUUUCAAACGAAUCUUGUGCCUUAUCCGAGAAUUCACUUUCCAUUGUGCACCUACGCACCACUUGUACCUGUUGAAAAAGGGCCGUUAGCAGAUAUGUCGACGCAACUAAUCACUCAAGCUUGUUUUCACCCUCAAACUCAACUCGUGAAAUGUGAUCCCAAGAAAGGCAAAUACAUUUGUUGUUGCAUGCUUUAUAGAGGCGACGUUGAACCAACAGAAAUCAAUAACGCAAUACGUGAAAUAAAAUGUAAAAAGCGUAUCAAAUUUGUGGAUUGGUCACCCACAGCAUUCAAAAUUGGAAUAAACUACCAGGCUCCUACAACUGUUCCCAGAGGUGACAUUUGUUCGGUUAGCAGAGCUGUAUGCAUGCUUUCAAAUAAUUCUGCGAUAAGAUGUGCUUGGGAGAGAGUUCGAAUAAAGUUUGGUAAGCUCUUCAGAAGGUCUGCUUUUAUUCACCAUUUUGAGUGCGAGGGAAUUGAGAAAUGUGAUCUUGUGGAAGCGUCAGAAAAUAUGCUGGCGCUCAUUAAAGACUACGAGGAAGUUGAGAAGGAUUGUUGA